GGAUUCCAACUAAAUAACCUCAAUUUCGGUUAAUUUCUAGAGUGAUGGACUUAAAAGGACUCAUAAUUCCAACUUCUUUUGAAGGCAAUUAAGCUUUUAAUCAAUCCAAAUUAAUUACUCCAACAAUCAUGACUCAUCAGUUUCUUUUGAAUUACGCUAAAAUACUCUCAACACGAAAAAAGGAGUUGUAGGGGUCAAGUUCUCAAUAAUAAAGCUUCUAAUACUUUAAUUGAAUCCCUCAUUUUCUCCGAUCCCAUUGCCAUAUCACAGCCUCCUCUCUCUCCCAAUUUUGCAUCGAAAAUAAAGAAUUGAACUCCCAGAAGUGAAGAAAACAGCUGGCCCUGGCGAGAUUGAAGUUGAAGAGGAUGAUGGGCCUACACUAUUUCAUGACCACCACGUUCUUGUACUAAGCCCCCACACACCCAACAAAAUAUAAAAUAAAUAAAUAAAAAGGAAGCCAAACCCACUCAAAUCAUUACAAAGAAAAAAGAAAAAAAAAGAAACCAAAACCAUGCGACUCACAAUCCCACAGUGCUCUGUUUACCGACAUAUAGAAAUCUGUUGAGUUGAAACGAAAGGCUUUGGUUUUCUUCUGCCCUUUUGCCAGAAAUGGGGAAAACCGGCGCCAAGUUGCCAAGUUUCUGCCUGAACCGGAUCCGGCCGCACGUUCGGGUGCCCAUACAGUCCAAACCGGACUCUGCCGGCACCGCCGAGAAGAAGGGCGGCGGUUCAAAUUCCGGCGACGGAAAUGUUGGAGCAAAUGGAAGGAAGAUUGUGAUUGUGGUUGAUUCGAGCUUUGAAGCAGAGGGGGCUCUUCAAUGGGCGCUCUCCCACACCGUACAGAACCAGGACAAGAUUCUUCUUCUCCAUGUCAUAAAGCCUUCUAAAAAAGCAGCAGGGGAAUUAGGAACCAACAAGAGAGCGUUUGAAGUGGUUCACUCUUUCAGAGACUUGUGCCAGUUGAAGAGACCAGAGGUGGAAAUUGAAGUGGCGGUGGUGGAAGGGAAAGAGAAGGGGCCGGUGAUAGUGGAGGAAGCGAGAAAGCAGGGGGCGGCGCUGCUGGUGCUCGGGCAGAGGAAGCGGUCGACGACGUGGCGGCUUSUGAUGGUGUGGGCGGGGCACCGGCUCGGCGGCGGGGUGGUGGAGUAUUGCAUCCAGAAUGCGAGCUGUAUGGCGAUUGCGGUGCGGCGGAAGAGCAAGAAAGUGGGUGGAUAUUUGAUCACCACCAAGCGUCAGAAGGAUUUCUGGCUUUUGGCCUAAUUAAUUAAUCAAGCCUGUAAUGUAAUGUAAAUCUAAAUAAUUGAGAAAUAUAAUGGGAUUAGAAUUGUAAGUGAUUUUAAUUGUUUGGAAAAGAAAAAAAAGAGUGUUGGUUGAAUUUGAAUAGGUGCAGUGGCACUCAUGAGGUUUCCCAAAAAACUGUGGGUGGCAUGUUCUGAAACUGUUGGAAAUGUAAUGAUUUGGGGGUAACUUACUUAGCCUGUCCUGUCCAUAAGUUUGGAUCUAAUUUUCUAAAA